AUGAUAAUUUCAGUAAUACUAUUAUUUUUUGGGUUAGUUAUCUCCCUGACCAUACCAGAAACUUCAUUUACACUUUCAAAACAAGAACAAAAAUAUGUAGAAGGUGAUCCCAAAAUAACUCAUAAAAUAAUUUUUUCAAUAUCACAAGGAAAUGAUCAAUCAACAACCAAAUAUUUGGGUAAAUUAACUUUGGGAUUAUUUGGAGAAACUGUUCCUUCAACAGUUGAAAAUUUUUAUCAAUUAUCUGCUAUGACUCAAGGUUAUGGUUAUAAAGAUUGUAAAUUUCAUAGAAUAAUUAAUAAUUUUAUGAUACAGGGUGGUGAUUAUGCUGAAGGUCCAAGUAAACUGAUAUAUGGUGAUAACUUCAAUGAUGAAAAUUUUAUAUUAAAACAUGAUAAAAUAGGUAGAUUAUCAAUGGCUAACGCUGGUCCAAACACAAACGGAGCUCAAUUCUUUAUAACAAAUGUAGAAUCAUUACCACAUUUAGAUGGUAAACAUGUUGUAUUUGGACAAUUGAUAGAUGGAUUUGAUACAUUAAUUAAAAUUAGUACAGUUGAAGUAGAAUCAUCAAAUGCUAAACCAUUGGAAGCAGUAUUUAUAAGUGAUAUACAAACAUCAGUUUUUGAUAAAGAUUUACAAGAAGCUGAAGAAAAAGCAGAUAAAUUAAAACCUGAACAAAAACUAUCAGUAGUUGAUGAAGAAAUUAAACAAUCAAGUUCAAUUUAUCCUUUAUUUUUUAUUAUUUUGUUGGUGGGUGCUUUUGUUGGGAUUUAUUUUAAAAAAUUUCAUAGAAGAGAAACAAUAACUGAUAUUAGAAGUAAUAGGAAGUUUUAA